AUGUCGUGUUCCUACCGAGCGUUGCCACAUAUCUCGACCGUAGCUGGCUCGAUCUCCUUCCUGUCAUCGUUUAUCGCCCAAAUUCCACAAGUCUUGGAAACAUACGUUGAUAAAACAGUUGAAGGGCUCUCGCCACUGUUUCUACUCGCUUGGCUGUUCGGCGAUAUCACUACGCUUAUAGGCGCUACUUUAACCAACCAACUACCCUUUCAGAUUAUACUGGCGCUAUAUUUCCUUGCCAAUGAUCUUUUCAUCUGCGGACAAUACUACUACUACGGCGUUAUGCACAAUAAUGAGCUUGCCACGCCCGGGCAUGAGUACAAGACUUCUGACGAAAGGCUGGCUCUCGUCAGGAGCCGCGGCACCGAACUGAGCAUCGGCGCUGGCGCGCAGCGCAGAUCCUGGAUUGCAAGUUUGUUAUGCUUCGGAUCUCAGGCCAACGCCAUGCCUCUGGCGAUCAUCACUGAAAGCAACAGCAACAGCCCAUCCUCAUCUGGUCUUGGUAUGGCUCUUGCGUGGGCUGGCGCCAUGUGCUACGUUUCUGCGAGAAUCCCUCAGUUAAUCAAAAAUUACAAGCGCAAGUCCACAGAUGGUCUUUCUCCAUUCCUUUUCAUCAACACCCUGAUCGCUAACCUGACUUACACCAUCAGCAUAUUCACCAGCUGCGAAUUUCUGUCAAACGAUGACAGGCUGGGGUUUGCAAUGAGCGAGCUGCCUUUUAUCAUUGGAAGUACUGGAACCAUUUUGUUCGACCUAAUCUACUUCUACCAGCAUUACAUCCUAUAUGCUCCAGACAUGCGUCUUAGGGAGCUUGAAGCACGCGUCGACGGUUCCAACCCUGAAGAGGAGAGGGUCGCCCCAGUCAACGAGGCCACACCAUUAUUGUAG